AAUACGCCCUUAAAGGGUAAAAACAAAGUUUUUUUUUUAAUUUUUCACUUCAUUUUUGUUUUUCUUUGGUUAUAGCAGGUUUGUAGGGUUUGAAGGAGUAGAGGGAAGAAGAAAAAAUCAGCAAGAGAGAUCUAGGUAAGGAUUUUUUCUCUUUCUUUUUUUUUCAUUUGAAUCAUUUCAAUGUUUUGAAACUCAAAAAAAUCUUGAAAAACAAGGGGAUAUGCUGCCAAAUUUUUUUCUAUUUUCUUUCCUAAGUUAUAUCCUCAUUUUUUUUUCUUGUUUUUGAAUGCUAUUUUUCCCAAAUGAUUCAUUGUCAUUUUCUUUUGUUGAUUUUCCAUAAAACCUUGCUGAUUUUUUUUUUCCAUGUUAAAUCAGCAAUGACAAGUUCAACUCCAAGGGCAACCCCAAGGUCAGGAAGACAAAGAGAUAAAGCAUGGAAAUAUGGGAUUGCAGGAAGCAAAAAGGGGGAGGUCACUUGCACCGAAUGUACAAAAUGGAUGACUGGUGGAAUCAAUAGAUUAAAAUACCACCUUGCACAAAUACCUGGAUAUGGUGUGGAGGCAUGCCCCAAAUCAACUCUUGAAAUUAUUAGAGAGAUGAAGGCCAUUCUUGCUGAGAAUGAUAUGCAUAAGGAAGAAAGACAAAAAACAAGAGAAGCCAUGGCAGCUGCAAUGAAUCCCACAUUGUCCACUUCGGGUCCCAUUGGUCACACUCGGGCUCGUCAGUCACUUUCAUCUUUUGGUGACAAUGAGGGUGAGGCUAGUGGCACUUCUGUUAGAUCAGACCCUAAUUUUUUUGUACCACGCAAUGUUCCAGGUGCACAACCUUCACUUGAAGGUACAUGAUGGAAUAAAGAGAAGCAUGAACAAGCACGGAUAACAACUUCAAACUUUUGGUUUUACAAUAAUCUAUCUUUCAAUGCAGCAAACAAUGUGUAUUGGGAAGGUUUUGUUAAUGCAGUAACAGUUGCGGGUAAGGGGUUUAAGGCCCCAACAGAUCAUGACUUCAGUGGGCCAUUGCUAGAGAAAGCUGUACAAAAUACACAAGGAGUGGUUGAUGAUCAGAAAAGGUAUUGGAAGAGAAAAGGAUGCAACAUUUUAUUUGAUGGAUGGACAGAUGGACGGAAUAAGACUCUUCUCAACUUCUUGGUGGCUUCAAAUGGUGCAAUGGUAUUCAUAAAGUCUGUUGAUGCCUCAAAUGAAAUAAAAAAUGCAGAGACUUUGUGUAAUCUGUUGGAUGGCGUGGUUCAGGAAGUUGGAGUUGAGAAUGUUGUCCAAAUAAUCACGGACAACGCAGCUGCAUAUGUAUCUGUAGGUAGAAUGCUUAUGGAGAGGCAUCCUUCGAUUACAUGGAGUCCUUGUGCUGCACAUUGCUUGGACUUGAUGCUAGAGGACAUUGGGAAGAUUGGAUGGGUGAAGAAGGUGGUUGAAGAUGCAAGAAGUGUCACCAAAUUCAUCUACAACCAUACUUGGAUGCUUGCUUUGAUGAGAAAACACACAAAUGGCAAGGACCUUGUGGGACCUAGAGUGACACAAUUUGCUAGCCACUUCAUCACUUUGCAGAGCAUUCUUAGUGCCAUUCCUCAUCUUAAGCAGAUGUUUGUGUCAAAUGCUUGGUUGGUGUUUGCAUACUCCAAAAGACCUGAAGCAGAGAAGAUUGUGAGCAUUGUUUUUGAUGAAGGGUUCAAUAAAAGUGGAGAGGAGUUGAUUGUGGUGACAAAACCUUUGGUAAGGGUUCUUUGUAUGGUGGAUGGAGAGGGCAUGCCAAUGGGUUUCAUUUAUGAGGCCAUGGAUAGGGCCAAAGAGGCCAUUUCAUAUUACUAUCGUGGAAAUACAAAAAAAUGCGAAAUCCUUUGGCGCAUCAUUGAUCGUAGGUGGACAAACCAACUCCACCAACCGAUACAUGCCUUCGCCUACUUUUUGAACCCGAAAUUCUACUUCUCUGAUUCAUUUAGGGCUGAUGAGGAGGUCAUGGCAGGUGUUAUUACAUGCAUUGAUAAGAUGACCCCUGAUCUUGAGUUGAGAGACAAGGUUCUUGAUGAGUUGGAGGUGAGAUUUGACAUUUGCAAUUGCUUUAUCUUUAUUUAUGAAUUCAGAAAUGUCCAUUAUUGAAUUUGAGUUUGACACUUUGACUAUCUAUUUUUGAAUUUGGAAAUGUUCAUUGUUCAAGAUCUACAAAAGUGUAGGGGGGAGACUCUUCUCAUCACAACUAGCAAUUGAUAGGAGAGGAAAACAUCAACCAGAUUUAUGGUGGGAGAAUUAUGGUGCUGGCACGCCUAAUCUUCAAAAGAUAGCUAUCCGUGUUUUGUCUUAGCCAUGCAGUGCUUCUGGGUGUGAACGAAAUUGGAGUGUAUUUGAGAGCAUUCACACAAAGAAGAGAAAUAGAUUGUCACAAAAGCGGCUCAAUGAUCUAGUAUUUAUUCGGUACAACCUUCACCUUCGAGUUAGACAGGUGGAGGGUGUUUCACAUGAGGCCAUUGAGUUAGAUGAAAUUGAUCCAUAUGGUGAUUGGACCAUGAAUGAACAAAAUGAUGGUGACGAUGUCCUCCUUACCGAAGAAGAAAUUGUAGAAAUAGAGAGAGGAGCAGCACAAGAUGCAGAAUGAGCAAGAUUGGAUGAAAUGGAGGAUGAAGAUGAGGAUGAUGAUGAGGACUUUGACUUUGAAGAAGAAUCAUCUCACCAUUUAGAUACCACAACACCCACUUCUACUACUUCUAGCUCAAGGCCUGAAAAAUUGAGCUAUAUUAGGAAAAAUACAAAGAGGAAGAUGUAGUCUUCUCUUUGGUUUGUUCAUUCACAUUGUUGUUUUCCACAUUUGGAGUUGGACUUGGACAUAUCAUUAUAUGUAAUUUUGUGAACAUUUAUAUACUUAUGCUGCCAUUAUACAUUUUAGAGCUGAAAGUUGAAACUUGAAUAUGCUGCAAAACUUGAAUAUGCUGCCAUGAAUGAUGAAAUUUCAAAUAUUGCGUGUUUGUAGAUCAUAUGACAUGUGUAAUGUUUCAAUUAUGGCACU